CUGAUAUAGGAAAAGAUCACCGUUCCUUUAAUAUGAAUCAUUAUGCCAUUAAAAAGAGUGCAGCACAGAGUAUGUUGGAUGUGGCACUUCUGAUGGCAAACUCAUCUCAACUAAAAACAGUCCUGCGUGCAGGACCCAAUAACUGUUUUUAUAUCCCUCUCAUUGCCCUGAUCUCACUUUCCAUCUCACUGCAGAUCAUUGUUGGUGUCCUGCUUGUCUUCAUUGUUAAGUAUGACCUGAAUGAUGCUGGGAAACAGUCGAAGCUUAACAAAAUAAAUAACACGGCCACUGUUAUUGUGUUCUUUAUUGUUAUCAUCAACAUUUUCAUCACAGCGCUGGGAUUUGAGACUGGAAGACAGGCAAUAAUGGCUGAUACUUCAGUUUCUCAGACAAACUCAUUUAUUGAUGUUUAAGUUGUCCAAACAGCAUAUUAAAUUACUCACAUGUGACUUAUUGCAUAUCAUGUCUUUUAUUUUCUUAUUUCAU